AUGGAAAUUCCUCCAAAAAUAUGUGUAGAUACUUCUGAUGUUUUUUCAACUACUAAAAAAUUUGGUACACGAGAAGAGGUUAUAAUGUGGAUUAAAGAGGUUGGAAUCCAAAAUAAAGUAACUAUUAUUAUCACUCGUUCAGAUACUGAAAUAAGCAAGAGAGGAAGAAGUAACAAAUUGAUGUUUGGUUAUGAUAAAGGUGGGAAACACAAGGAUAUUGAUAGUGGUACUCAAAUUGAAACGAAAAAAUGUGGAUGUCCAUUUAAAAUUAGGUCGACUCCGGCGAAAGAUGGGUCUGGAUGGAAGGUUGAUGUAAAAUGCGAAGUUCAUAACCAUGGUUUACCUGAUAGAUUAGAAGGUCAUUUCUUUGUUGGUAGGUUGACCAUAGAUCAGAAGCAUCAUGUUGUUGAUUUGACAAAGAGACAUGUUCCACCUAGAAACGUAUUACUUUCCUUGAAAGAAUGA